AUGAUUGAUUCUAAACUCUUUCUUCUCUUCCACCUUUCUUUUCUAACAUUCUUUCUUUCUCUCAUUCUCUAUUGGACUAUGUCUCAUUUUCCUUUUUUAUUAAAAAAGUCUCUCGAUUUUAGCACCCUACGUCAAUACAGCGUUUCUUUUCUCACAUUCUUUCUUUCUCUCAUUAUCUAUUCCUCUAUAUCUCAUUUUCUUUCUUUAUUUAACCAGUUUCUCCAUUCUAGAUUCUCCCUCACUUCUCACUCUUUUCUGGCUUACUUUCUUUCUCUCAUUCUAUUUCCUCUCUUACUCAUUUCCAUUAUUUAUUUAACCACUUUCUCCAUUUUUGCCACAGCUUUCUCCUUUCUUCACUCUCUCUCAUUUUUCCCUUUCUUUUCACACUUUCUUUUUUUCUCUCCUUCUCUCUUCCUAUAUUUCUCAUUUAUCUCCAUUGUUCCCUCUCCCUCAUUUCCCCUUUCUUUUCUCACUUUCUUUCUUUCUCUCAUUCUCUCUUCCUCUAUUUCUCAUUUUCUUUCUUUAUUAAUCAAUUUUCCAUUCUUCACUCUCCCUUAUUUUUCCCUUUCUUUUCUCACUUUUAUUCUUUCUCUCAUUCUCUCUUCCUCUAUAUCUCAUUUUCUUUCUUUUUUUAACCAGUUUCUCAAUACUUCACUCUCUCUCAUUUUUCCCUUCCUUUUCUCACUUUCUUUCUUUCUCUCAUUCUCUCUUCCUCUAUAUCUCAUUUUCUUUCUUUUUUUAACCAUUUCUCCAUUCUUCCCUCUCCCUCAUUUUCCCCUUUCUUUUCUCACUUUCUUUCUUUCUCUCAUUCUCUCUUCCUCUAUAUCUCAUUUUCUUUCUUUUUUUAACCAGUUUCUCCAUUCUUCCCUCUCCCUCAUUUUCCCCUUCCUUUUCUCACUUUCUUUCUUUCUCUCAUUCUCUCUUCCUCUAUUUCUCAUUUUCUUUCUUUUUUUAACCAGUUUCUCCAUUCUUCCCUCUCCCUCAUUUUCUCUUUCUUUUCUCACUUUCUUUCUUUCUCUCAUUCUCUCUUCCUCUAUAUCUCAUUUUCUUUCUUUUUUUAACCAGUUUCUCCAUUCUUCCCUCUCCCUCAUUUUCCCAUUCUUUUCACACUUUCUUUCUUUCUUUCAUUAUUUCUUCCUCUAUAUCUCAUUUUCUUUCUUUUUUUAA